CGGGUGGUUCCUCCCACCGGUGGCCAGCCGACACGGGUCCUCUUCCCAGAUGCAGCAGAGGUCGAGGUCGUGGAUGAGUUAUCUGGGUAGUGCAAAACUGGGAUUUGGCUUUCUUGUUACAAGAUUCUUCAAGUUUUGCAUUCUUCUUCAGUUUUACAGGAGAUCUUAGCUGAACGUGACAUUCAGAAGAACACCAUUUACUAUCGUAAUUAUAGGAGCCUGUUAUUGGCUUACUGCUAUUCCAGGUACCAUGGAUUCAGGAGCAUAUUUCGCUGACCUGAUUACAAAAGGGCAUGGUCUUGCUGGUCAGUCUGAAAAUCCACCUCCUCCUCAGGAAGUAGUAGCACAAGAUGAGGUUCAAACAAUAGGGAAACGAAAUCAGAGAAGAACAAAAAAUUUCACAGUUGAAGAGGAUGAACAACUUGUAAAAGCAUGGCUAAACGUGAGUUUGGAUCGAGUGAAAGGUGUUGACCAACCACAUACCACAUAUUGGGAACGUAUACAUGCAUAUUUCCAUGUCCACAAGGAUUUCUCAUCUGAUCGCACCCAAGGGUCUCUAAUGAACCGUUGGUCUGGUAUACAACACGAUGUUAACCUCUUUGCUGGUUGUCUUUCCAAGACUGAGUGCGAAAAUCAAAGUGGAGUGUCUAUCGAUGACAAACAAGCAGAUGCAUUGAAAAUGUUUAUUAGAGAAGACAGGCAGCAUAGGCAAUUCUCAUACAUGCAUUGCUGGAAAAUAUUAAAAGACCAAACUAAGUGGGCAGAUAGGCGCAGGAAGAUGGAAACCCAGAAGACAAUCAGUAAAAAGCAUAACGUUGUAGCCAAUUCAAGUACUGCAUCGGCUUCUCCUUUGCUGCCUUCUCCUACUAUUGAUGGGAAUGAGCAUUCAAAUAGUGCACUUCAGAGACCUCCAGGGCAAAAGAAGAAGCAAAAAUUAUGGCAACAUUGUAGCAUUGAAGCAUUGGAUUAUCUUUUGGCUAAAAAGAAAGAAGCCGAUGCAGAUAAAGAGUUGAAUAAAGAGGAGCGGUGCAAGAAAGCCUUUGCAUUGCAGGAAGAAAGGAUUAGACUAGAGAAAGAAAAGCUUGAGUUACAAAGGGAUCAAUUUGAGUUCAACAAGAAACUGGAAGAAGAGAGAAUUAUGAAUGUUGACACAAGUCACAUGUGCCCUGACCAGCAUCAGUACUACCAAGCGCUCAAGAAUGGCAUACUUGCAAGAUGCCUAAAUAAUUAGAUGUGUUAAUGUCUUUAUUUUGUAGCUUCCCUUAGAAUAUAUUUAGUUGCUCUCAGGUUGCCACAUUUAUAGUCAUAUUAAUAUGUUUGCAGUACUUGUUCUCAGAUUGCCACAAGUGUGAAUAUUGCAUCCCUGUUCUUGUCA